AUGGGGCAGGGCAAGUUCUACUCGGCCACCAGCCGCUUCGACGCGGGCGAGGAGGCCCGCGCGCUGUCCAGGAAAGUGGACCUGCCCGAGGACGCGCUGCCCAGCGCCGAGGAGCAGGACCGCCUGCUGGACGCCAUCACGCUCACGACGGACGUCAUGGACGAGGACCUGAGGGUGGCGCUCGUGAACGACGAGGCCUUUGAGGAGCUGGACGACAACUUCGUGGUCCAGGCCGCCGAGGAGAAUGCAGACGACGCAGACGCGGACGACUUCGACUACGACGCGCACAUCGCCAAGCUCAUGGAGGCGGCCAGCGGCAUCACCCCGCUGUACCGUGGAAACAUCACGGACAGCGAGGACGAGGAGUUUAGCGACGAUGAGGAGGAGUUCAGCGACGGAGAAGGCCAGCCCGAAGACGUCGAGACGCCCGACCGCGACGAGGAGCAGCGCGUGCUGGACGAGCUGUUCGAGAAGACGCUGGCGGAGGAGUACGAUGACGACCAGCUGGGCGAGCUGGAGGAGGACGACCCGGAGACGCGCGGCAAGGAGACGCUGGACGGCGAGCUGCUGGCCGCAGUGGUGGAGGACUACGUGUUUGUGCAGCAGGAACUGGCCGAUGCCGAGGGCAAGCUGGGCAACCCUCUUCGUGCGGGCAACCGCCUCAAACAGGUGCUGGAGGAGUGCGAGGCUGAGCGCCACGCUUACGAGUACGAUGAGAACGCCGAGACGGAGGACGAAGAGGAGCCUGAGGACCCCGUGGCGCGCGCUGAGCGCGAAGAGAAGGAGCUGCAGGAGCUCUUCGAGCGCAACCAGUACCUGCAGCGCGAGGAGCGCGAGCAAUGGGACUGCGAGACCAUCGUGAGCACGUACUCGACGCUGGACAACCACCCGACGGUGCUGCGGGAGGAGGGCCCGACCCGGCGCAAGAAGAAGAAACAGCCCGUGAUCCCCAGCAUCGCCGAGGGCGUGGACAUCCGCAAGCAGAAGGUGACGCUGUCGCGCAAGACGGGCAUGCCGCUGGGCGUGUUCGAGACGGAGGCGCCGGUCAAGAGCAAGCCGGCCAAGCACAAGGAGCAGCAGCCCGAGACCAGUCGGAGACAGAAGGGCGAGACCAAGGAGGAGAAGCGCGCGCGCAAGGCCGCCGUCAAGAUGGAGAAGAUGGCCCGGCGCGCCGAGAAGAAGGAGACCAAGCUGGCGUUCAAGGAGGAAGAGGCGCGGCAGUCCACGCAGACCGUGGCCGGCCGCGUGUCCGUCUUCAAGUACUAA